AUGGAAGCCGCUCCCGUUCUCGCUCGCCCAGCCCCCGUCACCGCCAUGGCUCAGAGGCCGAUCGUCGCAAGGAGGAGCUGUGAGACACGAUCGUCGGCAAGGAGGAGUGACGAGAGACGAUCACCACGAAGGAGGAGCCGUGAGAGCCGAUCACCACGAAGGAGGAGUGACGAGAGACGAUCACCACGAUGGAGGAGCCGUGAGAGCCGAUCGUCCACAGAAGAGUCAUCCCCGCAACGAAAGAAGUCAAGCAGUGCAGAGAGACUGGCUAAGAAACUACUGGAAACAUCAGCUGUCCAGUCUCUGUCAGAACAAUCUGACCUGGAUGCCGUGGUUAAAACUCUGGCUCCUGCUUUACUGGCCGAGCUAGCCAAAAUGAAGUCCUCCUCUUCCUCAUCAUCCUUCUCUACAGCAAAGAAGGAAUUGACUGCAAAGCCCAGCCUGCAGAAGAGCGAGGAGACAGAUUCUAAGAAGCAAAAGAAGCCUCCUCAGAAACAGCCUGCCACAUCCAGUGUCUCCACACCUCAAACCACUAAAUCCACAACCACCACUAUAAAGGUUCUUCUCCCUACACCUAACCUACCUCGGCUUAAAGGGCCUUUACCCCCUGGAGCCAAAAAAGCUACAGCAGGCAAACUUACCAAUCAGAAGAUUGCAGCUCAAGGCUCAGUGCAAAAAGAUCCUGUGACUGCAGCGAAGAUUCAAACGGAUGCAGCAUCAGCCAGUGAUGCAUCUGUCGCAUCUGAGCCAACAGCUGCAGCGGUGAGAGAGCAGCAACCGGCAGCGUCCACGCCGUCUUCGACUGCAGUUACCCCUCUGACUGUUGGGGAGAUGGUAGAAAAGCACCUGGAUCCAAAGAGAAUAGCGUGCCUCAAGUUGGAAACCUGCUUCUCACCAAAAUAUUUUAAACGUGGUAAGAAGCAGUUGCUCAUAACAGGACUGCCGAGGUAUUACGAUGGCUGCUACACAGAGGAUGAUGUUGCCAAACUGCUCAUUCCAUUUGGGUUUCAACAUAAAGAUGAGAACAUCUAUGUUGUUCCUCAGACGUGCAUGGCCUUCAUCCAGAUGCCGACAUCAGAGAAUGUGCUCAACAUAAUUAAUGUCACUGCGAGGAAAGCCAUUUUUUUCAAAGGAUCUAAACUCUGUUUCCGUGUAAUAGCCAACAGCAUUACAAUGACACCGUUUGAGUUUUAUAAAUCGCUGAUGAAGCUGAUGAAGUCUCGUGUGCAAGAUGCUGGAAUGAAAACAGUCUUCAUCAAGAACAUUUCACCGAGUGAAACCAGGGACCUCAGGGAAGCUCUGAGAAAAAUCAGCUCUGUCAGGAACUUCCUGCCUCUCCUCAACAAGGUAUUUAUAGAAUUUGUGUUUGUUCGCGAUGCUGAUCGGCUCGGAGUUUGGUACAGUCUCCUGAAACAAGCCCCUGGACACGAGGUCCACAGGAUUAGCAUACCACACCGCAGAUGUACAUCGCUACCUCCAAAACGUCCUGAGAACGCUCUGCCGGACAGCAAGGACGCUGUUGCCGGGGCAACUGUCCCACCAAUAAAAGUUGCCAUUCCACAGGGCAGCAUUUCGCCGUUUUGGGUCGCGAUGAGAACUAGUCCCUUCCUGUUCCCUACCAUGUCUCCUUGGUUCAUCAUCCCAGAUUACCUGACAGCCCUAGGAAGGAAAAGCAUCGAGAAGGCCAGUCGUCGUGGUUCCAUGUUCCCCACAAUCAUGUUGACCGGUUUGCCAGAGGGAAACUACAAGCAUGAGGACGUGGCCGAGCUGGUCUGGCAGUAUUUCCCCAAACAGAACCUUCACUCCCUUUACUACAACGUGGCGGUCUUAACGCUGCAGAGGAGGGCCUUUGUGUUUUUCGCUGAUUGGACUUCGUGCUGCGAUUUUGUCCGAGAUCACAACGCAAAUCGGGUUUCUGUCAAAGGCUGCACGCUCAGUGUCCACUUCGUCUUGCAACACAUGAAUCAGGAAUCCAGUGAGGAGAUGAUGUACAAAAGUCUGAUGAAGUGGAGCAACGCUGGAAUUCCAGAGUCAAAGUCUCUGGAGGAGCGGUUACUGUGUGUGGAGAUUUCUGAGGUGUCUGUGGACGUCAUCAGGGUGGUCAUGGAAGUGGUGGCAUCCAUCGCAACCUUUGUCAGCUUCCUGCCGCUCGCCAACAGGAUAUGUGUUGAGAUGGCUGACUCCAGCGGUGUAACGCAGGUGGUGGAGAAAUACAACACUUUCUUACCAGACUCUCCUAAAAAGUUCGAAACUUGGAGUAAAGUAAAACGUUUUGAGACUUUGAAGAGCCUAAAACAGCGUCUACAAGAUUCUAGUGAGAUCACAAUAAACUUUGAACCGGACACCAUCGAUGUCAAAGCCAAGCCCCCAGCUGUGAAAAGUCAAACUGAGCCUCCUCCCUCUGAACUUUCGGAUACUGGGUCACAACCUGCUCUGCAAGCCGGUGGCCCUGGUGGGUCCGCCAUACCUGAGCCCAUCACAGCAGGACCAAGUGCCACAGCAAUGGAGGAGGACGGUGAGAAACCAGGUACUGAGAUCGCCAUGGACUCCACUGUUGGUCCCGAAACAAAUGAAGAUGUAGAGAAAGUAAAGGGGGAAGAGGGGUCACUAAUAACUUCAGUCUCCACUGCUGAUGUGACCUCUGCAGUCAGCAGUGGAAACACAGUCCCUGCUGCUUCCAGCCCUGCCCCCUCAGCCACAGCACUCAUGCCUGAAGAAAACUUUGCAGAACUUCCUCAGAUUAACGAGGACAUUUUCAAAGCCCUCACGGCGGCAGUUCAUCAGCACAGACUCACCCGCGGGAGCAGGUCCAAGAGCGAGGAGAAGAAGUCCAAGGACUCAUCUGAGCCCACCAAACCCUCAUCCUCUGCCAGUGUCAGCAAGGCCUCCUCGUCUUCGUCUCCACUGUCUGCUGAAACCCCUUCCUCCCCUGGUCAGAAAACACAACAGAGCAAGACAAAGUCUUCAUCCAAACCAUCAAAUACUGCAUCCUCUGGUUGUAGUUCCCGCUCAGCCUCCGCUGCAUGUGAAAGGGAGAAGAUAACAUCAGCUCCAGCUGUCAAGGCAUCAAUAGAGACUCAUCUGGAGCCACUUAGAGAAGAAGCAAAAGACACAGAGGGCGCAGUGGCAAAGGCUGACCACAAAGUGUCAGCACAGGGCUUUGCUGCAAAAACUGUUGAGUCAGAGACAAAAAUAGAAACAACAUCAGAGAUGCAUCCACCUCCACAGAGACAUGAAGUAGCGUUGAGCCAAGCCCAGAGUCUGGAGACUGAUUUUAAUGUCAACAACAUCCAAGAUCAGAAAAAGAGCAAAGAGGAAGGUGAAGAAGAUGACGUUGUCAAACACACGGAGGAGGAGGGCGACAGUGAAAAUUACCAAAUCAUCGAUUCACUUGAUGAUCAAACAGAUGAACAGAUGGAUGAUGGGGGCCAAGACGACAGCUCUGAAACCCAACUAACUGGACCUGAGGAAGGCCAGACUUUGAAUGAGGAAAGCUAUCAGGUCUUGGACAGUGCUGACAAUGAAAGCAAAGCCCGCCCAGAGGAGUACAAUGAAAUGGAAAUGGACGGUUCUUUAAAAGUGUUAGACAGUGUUACCGACGACCAAGCAGCUACAGGUCAAGAGGACAGUCGCCUGGUCCAAGAUGACGGUUCCACAGUAAAGCAACUGUCUGAGGAAGAUGCAGUUCCAGUAGUCGACAGAUCUGAUGAUGCAGUUAAAGAUGCAGUAGGUAAAGAUCAGGAGACAAAUAACAAAGAUCAUUUCCAAGUGUUAGAUACAGGUAGCAAACAAGCUCCAAGGGGUAAGGGAGAUGGGAAGAAGAAGGAACAAGAAGAAGUCAAAAGCAAAAUGCUUUCAGCAGAAUCCUGCAAAGCCUCCCAAGAUGUGGAAAAUCCUGAUGGCCGAAUCCCAAAUGAAGACCAGCCUCUUCAAGACCGCGACAACAAAGACACUUUAAGAGACCCUGACAGUGACGUUACUGAACAAGAAACCUUUGAGGUAUUGGAUUCAAUUGAUGAUCAGACUGCAACGGAAGAUGGCAGCCAAAAACCUGAAACUCCCAGUGAGCAAAUAUCUAAAGAAGACAUUAGGCCCGUAGAGCAAGAGGAAGACACACAUCAAGUAAUUGAUUCUUUGAAAGAUCAGCCAACGACUACAGAGACCGAGUCAGGGACUGACAACCAGGAAAAAAGAACCAAGAAAGGGGAAGCGACCGCUAGAAAAGAUGAUAGACCAUCAAAGAGGAGUAGCCCCGCAACCUCCGCAUCCAAAAGUGAAGAGAAGGAGAAAUCGCCAAAGAAACAGGACAGGACGGUUAAAAGAUAUGAGACACGGACGAAGAUGGACACCACUGCAGGAGUUUCUAAAAAAGACAAAGAGGUCACCGAGGAGAUGGUGUAUGAGAUAGUAGAUUCUGUUGAAGACGAACCGGUUAAGGAUGCCUCCACCACAGAAAGGUCUGGCAGAAGGAGGAGUGCAAGAGGAAAGAAAGAUGAUAAAAUUACAUUGAAUCUCACAGAAGUGUCUGAAAAACCAGAGGAGGCUACUUACAAGAUUUUAGACUCUGUGGAGGACGAGACUGCCGAUGAUGAACCGACCGUGACGACAAGAUCUACCAGAGGAAAAAGGGAAAGAGCGACUAAGAAAGAUGCUUUGAAUGAGGAAACAAAAAAAGAGAACACGCCAACAAGGAGGAGGCACACUCCUGCCAGAGAGUCACAGGAACGAAACAGGGAAAAAACACCAAAGAAAGAGGAGAAAGCCCCUCCAAAAUAUAGCACACCAACAAAGCAGAGUGCCAUUGUUGUAAGAGAGGUAAGUGAGGAGGAUGCUACCAAUGAAAUAUCCUCUAUGGAGGACGAGGUUAAGGAUGAUCGGCCCGCUACAGGAGGAAAAGGAAAAAGGGGAAGACCAAAGAAAGAGGUUAAAACAGCUAAAAAAGACAGCGGAACAUUAAAGAAGGGCGACAAAGACGCAUCCGAAAAAGCGGCUGAUGAAGAAGAGGCGACAUAUCAGAUUCUUGAUUCUGUGGAGGACGAGACGGUUGCCGAUGAGCCCCCACAGGACAGUCUGAGAGUGCGAGAAAAGAGAACAUUUCUAUAAACGAUGACGUGCCCAAAAAUGAGGAGGAGGUGGAGGUAGAUGCCCAGGAACUGGUGACUCUGGAUGAGGUGGGAGCAGAUGAGGCAGGAGAGGAAAGAGCUCCAGAGAGCCGAGAGCAGGAUGGGGAGAUCACGGAGGGAGAGCUGCAGGCACUCGUCACUCUGGAUGAGUUCGUAGAGGGAGAGGAGGAGGAAGAGGCCAAGCGAAGCACGCUGGAGACCUUAAACGCCGAGACUUUGGUGACUUUAGAUGAAGCUGGCGAUGAUGAGGAAGAGAAGCCGGACGAAGAGCAAGCUGAGAAAACGUCAAGAUCUUCCAAACGCAAACACGCCGAUGACACAGAGGAAAGUAUGAACUUUGUGACGGUAGACGAGGUGGGAGAGGAGGAGGAAGCGGAAGCGGUAACACCCAGGACAAGAGGCCGAACCAAGAAGAGAGCCAGACAGACCCCUGGUA